GGUCCCAAUAGAAAAUUAGUCCUUACUACAUAUUCGUGGUGAUCUGAACAAAUUAUCUCGUUCUCGUAACCUUUUCCUGGAUUUCACUUCUCUUGCUUUUCGUGCUAAUAUUCGCCAUAGAAAGUUGCAGCCGUGUCGUUCGUACAGUUUUCUCACUACCGCAUCCACAUGCAACACUCGUUGUUGGCUUCGAUUGAUUCUUCGAAUCAUGUACAUUUGAUCAUCGGUUCGAAUCCAUUGGCAAGCGCCCGUUGCGCGAAGUCACUGGAAGUCGGUGCGACGCCGAUACUCAUCACACCAAGGGAUUCUAUAGUCCAUUACGGCUUGCAGAAACGCAUCGAUGACAAACAAAUCUCUUGGGUGCAAAGGGAAUUCCAAGCCGAUGACUUGAAGACUCUCGGUCGCGCCGAGGUGGACCAUGUUGUGGAUGCUGUUUUUGUUACGCUUGACCGUAGAGACCCGCGAAGCUCCCAUAUCUCUAAUUUGUGCAAGAGGCUGCGGAUACCCAUCAACGUUGCAGAUUCUCCAGCCUUGAGCACUUUCACGUUGCUGAGUACUCAUACAGACGGGCCCCUACAAAUUGGCGUUACCACCUCUGGGCGUGGGUGCAAACUCUCUGCACGCAUCAAGCGUGAAAUUGUAGCAUCUCUUCCUGAUGGACUAGGUGCCGCUGUUUCACGUCUUGGCUCCCUGCGGAGAAGACUACAGCAAGAAGACGAGAAGAUCGUAUUUUCUCAAGUAGACGACCUAGAAGGCGAGGAAGAAGAUUCUGUACAACCUGCAAAUUUCAACCAGCUCGUUCUGCCAGGGACUCUCGAGGCAGAGCGGAAUCGACGCAUGAGAUGGUUGACCCAGAUAUGUGAAUACUGGCCGCUCAAGCGACUCUGUGCUAUCACGGACGCCGACGCAGAUGCCAUGCUCUCGGCCUAUAAGUCAGCUUCUGGUAGUCCAUUUGACUUAAGGCCGGCCGGUCUCGAUUCGCGCCUAGAUCGGAAGAAAGGCACCAUCAUACUCGCUGGGUCAGGGCCAGGUCAUCCCGAAUUGCUCACUGGCGCGACACUCACUGCCAUACAAACGGCCCACAUUAUUCUUGCCGACAAACUUGUGCCGGCACCGGUUCUUGACCUAAUACCACGUCGGACUACAGUACAUAUAGCACGAAAGUUUCCAGGAAAUGCAGACGCAGCACAGGAAGAAUUUCUUGAGCUAGGCCUUGCCGGUGUAGAAGCUGGUCAAACAGUACUUCGAUUGAAGCAAGGAGACCCAUACUUGUAUGGACGUGGAGGGGAGGAGGUGAUCUGGUUUAGGGAGAAGGGGUAUGAGCCUAUCGUCCUCCCAGGAAUCACAAGUGCACUAUCGGCCCCGCUAUUUGCUGGAAUUCCCGUUACACAGCGUAGUGUAGCAGAUCAGGUACUUAUCUGCACAGGCACUGGACGUGCAGGCAAGGCGCCUCCUCCUCCAGAGUAUGUUAAUACACGCACAGUCGUCUUUUUGAUGGCGCUACAUCGGCUGCCGUCACUCGUUGAAAGUUUAACUGGCGUCGAACCCGUAACUAUGGUGCCAAAACCUGAUGGACGAACGAUACCUGAGAUUAGCUCGAGACCAUGGCCUAUCUCGACGCCAUGUGCAAUUAUUGAACGUGCGUCUUGCAAAGAUCAAAGGGUCAUCAGAUCCACACUUCAGCAUGUCUGUCUUGCUGUAGAAGAAUUGGGUUCUCGGCCGCCUGGUUUGAUUGUGGUCGGAGAAGCUUGCAAAGUGCUACAUAACACAACAGACAGAUGGACGGUAGAAGAAGGUUUUUCUGGCUUAGAUGUUUUGCAUCGAGUUCCUGAAAGUAUUUUAGAUACCCCUGCUGUUCUGCCAUAGACCUAGAACUCAAUAGAAUAAGCUUGCCUAG